AUGUUUCGUUUGCGAGCUACCUUUUUUAAAAAUCGAAUUUAUCAAAGAAUUCCUCAUUUAUUAUUAAAAAGAUGUUAUACUUCAAGACCCAAUAUAAAUUUUGAUGAUAUCAUGAACAAUGCGAAUAAAAAUUUAGAAUUAUUAAACCGUUCUAAAGAUUGGGAAUUGAUUAAAAAUGAAACACGGAUAAAGUCGGAAACUUUAUGGAAUGAUCCGUCUGCGGCCACAUUAUUGCAAAAAAGGUUUUCUAAAUUAAAUGAUCAAAUUGAAAGAUAUGAACGAUUAAAUAAGAAUGUUAAGGAUAUUAAUGAAUUAGCAGAAUUGGCUAAUGAGGAAAAUGAUAUGGAAUUGAUGAAUGCUACUUUAUAUGAUGCGGAAAUUUUAGAAAAAGAAAUAAAGAAAUUUACAUCAACUUCCUUUAUGGUAGAGGAAGAAGAUCAAAAUGGUUGUAUUAUACAAAUUACACCUGGUGCAGGUGGAGCAGAAAGUUGUGAUUGGUCUGAUAUGUUAUUAAAAAUGUAUGAAAAAUGGGGAAAUAAAAAUGGAUAUAAAGUUAAGUUAAUGGAUUAUGUUAAAGGAGAAAUUGUUGGAUGUAGAUUAGCAUUCUUACAAAUUGAUGGAGAAUACGCUUAUGGAUGGUGUAAACAUGAAUCUGGAGUUCAUAGAUUAGUUAGAAUAUCUCCUUUUGACACUCAAAGUAGAAGACAUACAUCAUUUGCUUCUGUUAUUGUAUUUCCUAUGGUUAAUGAAAAUGAUAGUGUUGAUGCUGGAAAUGUUGAAAUUCCAAAGUCGGAUCUAAGGAUUGAAGUAUUUCGUUCAAGUGGACCUGGCGGGCAGCAUGUUAAUGUUACUGAAAGUGCCGUCAGAAUUACUCAUAUUCCAACUAAAAUUGUUGCACAAUGUCAAUCGGGAAGAUCUCAGCGCGCAAAUAAAGUCUUGGCCAUGACAAUGCUUAAAUCUAGAUUAUAUGAUAAAGUUAUAAGGGAAAGAAAUAAUGCCAAACAAGCACAAUAUUCGAAUCUGCCCGAGAAUGCUUGGGGAUCUCAAAUUAGAUCUUAUGUAUUACAUCCUUAUCAGCUUAUCAAAGAUGUUAGAACUGGAUUUGAAACGACUCAGAUUGAUAAAGUAUUAAACGAAGGUGAAUUAAAUGGGCAAGUAAAUUUAAUAUACGUAUAA